AUGGAAACUCCAGAAGAAGAAAACUGUAAUAUCAGAGAACCCCUCCUUGCAUCUCGUGCAUCAAAGGGUGGCGUCAGAACUCUGCCUUUCAUCUUAGCAACCGAGGCAUUCGAAAGGGUGGCGAGUUUUGGCUUAGUUCCAAAUAUGAUAGUGUAUUUGACGAGAGAAUUUGGCAUGGAAACUGCUAAAGCUGCCAAUGUAAUCUUCGUGUGGUCUGCUGUCACCAACUUCACUCCGAUCAUUGGUGCUUUUCUUGCCGAUUCUUAUCUGGGAAAGUAUCGGAUGAUCGGGUUUGGAUCCAUGGUUUCUUUUCUGGGGAUGACUUUGUUAUGGUUAAUUGCCAUGAUUCCGGAAGCAAGGCCUUAUUGCGACCGAUUUAGUAGCAUUUGUGAAUCCCCCACAACACCCCAACUCCUAGUCUUAUAUUGUUCAUUAAGCCUAAUCUCUGUUGGAGCCGGUGGCAUACGAUCAUCUUGCUUGGUCUUUGGAGCAGAUCAGCUGAAUAAUAGAAACAAUCCAGAAAGUGCAAAAACAUUACAAAGUUUCUUCAGUUGGUACUUUGCUACAGUCUCGUUUUCAUGUCUCAUUGCUGUAACUUUCAUCGUCUACAUUCAAGAUCACCUGGGGUGGGGAAUGGGUUUCGGGGUACCUGUAAUGCUAAUGUUUGCUUCGUCUCUUUCUUUCUUCUUGGCAUCUUCCUUAUACGUCAAGUUGAAAAUCAAGACAAGCCUGAUAACUGGUUUGGCUCAAGUUCUAGUGGCCUCUUUCAAAAAUAGGCACAUCGAGUUACCAUCCCAUGCCACAAAUGAAGUUUACCAUAUCAGAAAGGGAUCAAUGCUUCAAGUGCCAAGUGAAAAACUAAGGUUUCUGAACAAAGCUUGUGUGAUAAAAGAUUUUCAAGGAGACAUAAGCUUGAAUGGAACUGCUUCAAAUCCAUGGAAUCUUUGUACAAUAGAUCAAGUGGAGGAUCUAAAAGCGUUGCUCAGAGUGAUGCCACUUUGUUCUGCAGGAAUCAUGAUGUCUGUGACUGUUCUUCAAAGCCCAUUUGCAGUAAUUCAAGCAGGUGCCAUGGACAGACAUAUAACUUUGAACUUUGAAAUUCCAGCUGGCUCGUUUAGCAUGUUUCUGAUGACCUCUAUAGUUAUAUGGAUUGCUUUCUAUGAUCGAAUAGCUCUUCCUUUAGUUUCUAAGAUUAAAGGAAAACCAGUUCUUCUUGGUGUGAAACGAAGAAUGGGGAUUGGCCUUAUUUGCUCUUGUGCAUCUGUCAUAACAUUAACAGUUGUAGAGUAUACUCGACGAAACAAAGCGAUCCAAGAAGGACUCUCUGAUGAACCACGGGCCCUGGUGCAUAUGUCCGCACUAUGGCUACUGCCAUAUUAUGUCCUAGGUGGCUUGGCUGAGGCUCUGAAUGGAAUUGGACAGGUUGAAUUUUGUUACUCUCAAUUGCCUAAAACCAUGUCAGCCAUUGCAGCUGGUAUGAAUGGAUUGGGACUUUCCAUUGCGAGUUUAGUGGCGAGUUUCAUAACGAGCGCAGUUGACAACAUUACUAAAAGAGGAGGGGAAAGUUGGGUUUCCAGGAAUAUGAAUAGAGGACAUUACGAUUACUAUUAUUGCCUUCUUGCUGGCUUGGGCGUGCUUAAUUUUAUAUACUUUCUGGCUUGCAGCAAAGCUUAUGGUCCUUGUCAUGGAGAUCAUGGAAUCCGGGAUGAGACAUCCAGAAAAAGAGAUCAAGAGAGGAUAGAUGAUUGUUGA